UGCCUUGAUCAACAUAGUUGUCAAUCAUCUCUUCUACUUCUGCUUUCGUGUAGCAGAAGUUCGUCUUCCCCUUCAGCCCCUGCAGCAACAUGCAGUACAAGUCGUAGGCUUUGGCUGCCAGCACCUGCGUCUGGUAAGUGCCGAUGUAAGUCUUCUUCUUGUUUAUUGAAAUUAGUGCUUGCCAGUGAGGCCCAUUCUUGCAGACCCCGAUGUAUUUGGAUCUUUUGAUGCUAGCGUUGAUCCUGUCUUUUCCUUUGGUGUUGCUCAUAAAAACUACUUCAUCAGGAUUGUGGAACACACUCAGAGCUUGUCUGAGAGUGCCCACUUUGUCGUCAAAGUGCAUGCUGCUGAUUCGGGUUCUUCUGAAUGCAGCUUUGCUGUUCGGAGAGCCUUCGUUCGUCAAACACUCUUGUACAGCAUCGAUGUCACUUGUCGGGAUCUGCUGAGGGCAGACACAGAAAUGUUUGGACAGAGCAUCCAAACUCGUCUGCAGCAUCAUGGAUGCAGCGAUGAAGCUGGGGUCUCAUAGACUAGCAAUCAUGUCAAGAUCGACAGCUGAAAUGUCUUUAAACAAGAUUUCAGGUGUAGUAGUUUGCGACUGUAUCAUUAAUAAUUAUUAAAAAUGAGUUUAGAUUCUUCUUAAAUAUGCGAUAUCUAUAGUCACUGGAAGAUACAACUUUUGCAAGAAUAAAAUUCACUCAAAAAUCAAAUUUUCUUAAAUAAAAUUGCUGAAUUAUGGAACUAUUGAGAUUAAAAUAUCUAUAACUUAUCAAAUAACCUUAUGAAGAUGGCUUCUAAAUUGUACAAAAAUUCCUAAUAAAUGUAUCUUAGAUCUUCUAAUAAACCGAUCGAUCAAAGUUCUUCUUGGACUGUAACCAUCAGCAGAAUUUGAUAUAAGUUAUGACCAUAAUUUAUUCACAACUGUCUUUCAAUCAAAAUCUGACUUUAGAUGAGACACCUGAAUUUGGGACUAUUUAAAACACUGGGUAAAAAGAAAGAUGUCCUCUCCCCACAAUAACUCCGUACAAUAUGACCUUUCGAUCUACUAUUUCAUUGAUCUUUGUUACUUCUUUUCUCUAUAUCGGCAAAUAAUUUAAUCGAAGCAUCAAAGAUAUGGUAUUUCGGAAGAAAAGUAAUCAUAAAAAGAUGAGACUAGGGCUCUUGGGAAGCUAUUAUUAAUAUCGAUAAUUCUUUUGUACCUAUGGCUGCUUAUACACAUGUGCAUCUAACCUUGUUGGUCACCUCUUCAACCAUUAAAGGAUACCUUAAAGUUUAGUCUUCGUAGAAGUAUUUUCCAAAAUGUCGUAAAAAGCUGAACCCAGCUCUGACGGUCGUCUGCCAAUUAUUUAGAAAAUUAAUUUUCGGAGAAAUUUUAUAUGGAUAUUUCAUAAUGUCGUCUCUUUAAAGGAUACAUAUUUAGUUUAGGUUAAGAAAAAUGCAACAAAAAAGAUACGGAGUGCAGACACAAUGUCUCCCUCGAUAAUUAGUAAGAUCAUUUCCCAAUAGUAGCUAGAUUAAGUACCAAAAAGUUUAAGUGAGCCUCAAUGAAUACUAUUCGUGACAGUUCCUAAAAUUAUGAAGUAAUUUCUUUUAGGCAGCAUCCUUCCAUACCCUGCUUUUAAACAAGACUUAGAGAUUUCUCAGAUUUAGGCUGAUCUGUGCCACAUAUCCACUAAAAUUUAGAGCAGGAUGCAUCAAGCCAACUUUGUCUGCCAAAAUGCCUGGAGUUGUCAUCUCAUCAGCCGUAAAAUAAUUCAUUAUCUAUUAAUAAUCUUAAAGAGCUUUUGUACUUGAAGAAAGCAGCUUGGAGCUUUUCUUAGCCACCUAUUUAGCUGUGAUUAAUAGGGAAAAUAAUUCAAAUAUUCAUACUAGACUUCCUAGAGCUCUUAUAGGAUAAUCACUUUGUUAAGAGGAGUUUAAGUAAAGUAAAUUAUAAGAAAGACAAUUAAUUAAUAAAGACUAAAAGUUUAUUAUGGAGUUCAAUAUUCAAGCUACUUUAGACCUACAGCAGAAAUUUGAGUCUUUUUAGACUCAUUAGCAUAUAUAGGAGACUUAGAGUUACAGCCAAGGUUUAACCAAGAGAAUAGCACACAUAUGGGAUGUCUUAUCCCCAGCUUAACUUAUUUCAACAAGGUUUG